AUGGCGGCGACACCAACUCCAAAUCCCUCGUUCGAUCCAUUCCAGCAGAACGUCACCUUCCGCCACCGGGAUGGGUUUGAACUCGAAGUAUCAGUAGCAGCGCUGGAUGCCUUCGUUAUGUACAAUGUCCGGGCGUGCAUUAACUACGGCUGCCAAUUCGGGGCGUCGCUCACCUUGCUGGUGAUUCUACUGCUGUUGACCCAUUCCGACAAGCGCCGUUCAUCUGUGUUUAUCUUAAACGGCAUGGCGUUGUUCCUGAACAGCAUACGUCUGCUUUUCCAAGUCAUCCAUUUUUCCACAAGAUUUGAACAGGUGUACCCAUACGUCUCCGGCGACUAUUCAUCCGUGCCAACGAGUGCAUAUGCCAUUUCAAUUGUGGCGGUCAUUUUUACUACCCUCGUCAUCGUUUGCAUUGAAGUUUCGCUUGUGAUCCAAGUCCACGUGGUUUGCUCUACAAUACCUCGCAGAUACCGACACAUCAUUUUGGUGCUAUCUAUUCUGAUAGCACUGGUGCCAAUUGGAUUCCGCUUCGCGUGGAUGGUUGAGAAUUGCAGUGCCAUCAUGUCACUGAGCCAUGUGUCUCAUGCUUGGUGGAUAGAAAGUGCAACCAACAUCUGCCUGACUAUUAGCAUCUGCUUUUUCUGCGUUACCUUCGUCACCAAGCUCGGAUUCGCCAUCAAACAGCGCCACCGACUCGGAGUGCGCGAGUUUGGUCCAAUGAAAGUCAUCUUCGUCAUGGGCUGCCAGACCAUGGUGAUCCCAGCCAUCUUCUCAAUCAUGCAGUACUAUGUUGUCGUACCUGAGCUGCCUUCCAACGUUGUGACCUUGGUGGUCAUCUCCCUACCACUCUCGUCGAUCUGGGCCGGCGCCGCCCUCGAGCAUUCGCGUCGCCCGGGAAGCCAAACUGCCCCUCGCCGCAAUUUGUGGCGGGCUCUUGCCGGUGGUGCUGAUAGUACACUGAGUUCCACUAAGGAUAGCCCGACGAGCCUGUCUACCAUGGCUGGUGCACAAACCCUAUGCUACUCGGAUCACAGUAUGAGCAAGGGUUCCCCAAGCUCACGGGACACCGAUGCCUUCUAUGGGAUCUCAGUUGACCACGAUGUCACGAUUGACCGAGUUCAAAAGAGCAAAUCGAUAGUGUGA